CGCAUUGUCGUUAGACGGAGGAAGAGAGAGCAGGAAAAUGAAUGAUAGAUAAUAUCAUUUUCGUACGUAAUACGAUUCCAAAUUACGCCGUCAUUGUAUUCUUCCGAUAAGUCACUUUCCAUUGCACCGUGCAAUUUCAUCUCUUAUGUAUGUAUAUGUCUCCCGGGUGAUUACGAGAACAAACGUGAGGUUUGGCGCCAACAUAACCUAACCUUAUUGCGAGCCUUGUAAAAACGAUUUUUAAAUGCGACUUUCACUGAUGAUAUUUCGGUAGCUGGCCUGAGAAAUGAAGGAGCUAGAGGAAGUCAACUGCGAGAUUCGCAGGAUCGUGAAUCUUCAAUUUCCUGUGUCAAAUUGGUUAAGAAAUUUAGAGUAUGGUCAGUCUGCGAAUUUUCAAGAGUACGACAACGUUAAUGAUUACCGUGGAGGAUUUCUGCAUAAUGCAACAUACGCAUGGCUGAGUUAUGGUUGCCACUUGGUAGUUUUUAAUGUAAAAAUAGGAGAGACCGUCAGCAGUUGGAUGUUUCGUGGUGUUGUAACAUCAGUUUCCCAAUUUCCUAUUCAACCUGGAGAAUUUCCAUUACUGCUGGUUGGAAUAGAUAAUUGUGCGAGCAGACUGAGAGAUUCUUCUGGUUUAUUAUGUAUAUUUGACUGUACUACAUCCCGUGUUUUGAGGGCUAUUCGUAUGCCAUGUGGGAUAGAACAAGUAUGUGUUGUGGCGGGUGGUGCCGAAUGGGAGGAAUUCAAUGAUAAAAGACCUGAUAACGUAUUAAAUGAAAUGGAUGGAAUGGCCUGUGUAGCUUUGCGUAAUCUUCAACAUAUCAUGAUUGAUCUUCGGAGAACUGUAUGGGAUAUGGAUGAUUUAUCUAUUAUUAUGGAUGAAACGUCACCGGCAGAGAUACAUUUUCCAUCGGUGAAACAAAUUAUUGAUAGACGUCAAUCCAUUCGAGAAAAACAUGCAGCUUACAAUUUGCUCAACAACCGUAUAGAAAAGCACAUUGGUUUUAACAGAGAAGAUUUCGAAGCAUCUCCUUUGCUCGGCGAAACUUUGACCACAGCAAUCGUUAGUUCUACAAAGAUUGGCUGUUUAAUCUCCGGCUGUUUAGGCAGAGUGAUAAUUUGGCAAAAUGAUGGUUCCAUAGGAUGGAUUAGUACACCCAUCGACGAGAAUAUGACAGUCACGCAUUUGGCUUUGUUGGAACCCACAGACGAUCCUAGACCUUUUUAUUAUUUGUGGGUAGUGUAUCAGGACGAAUUGUCAAAAGCACCACCAAUAUUGCGAAUGUACGCCAUGCUAUUUGAAAGGAAAUACUGUGACAGAGAGAUAAAUUUGUACUUUAAUUUAGAAGAUGAUCCCAAUUUGAAGUUUGAAUCGGAAUUGAACGAAGGAGACAAGGUUAUCAAUUUGUGCACUGUUGAGAGAGAAUCCAAUCCAGAACAGACCGACUCGGCCACUAGAAGAGGCGAGGAUAACUUACUGCUUAUCGCAACUAACGACAGAGUAUUUCUGUUUGACUUAAAUCAAUGGUACAAAGAGCAAAUGCCGCACACUAUUAGCGAGUGUCAGAAUCCAAAUAGUAUAUUGGCAACGUAUCGUAUACGAUCGGAUGUACAAAACGAGGAAGACACUCAGGUCAUAAAUUUCGCAUAUAUCCCACACAGUUUGCAAGAAUUCUCCAGCAGUGGUCCGAGUUCAUCGGAGGAAUUGUUCUAUCCCAAUUCCUUGUCACUCGAAUGGGUGGAGUUGAACUCAAUGAAAUUGACGUUCUGGAUGACUCGUGGUAUUCAGACCGAUUUAUUACGUGAAAUAGCUAUGACGGGUCCUAUCGUAUUGAUACAACCGUUUGAAACGUUUCAUAGAUGUCUUUCUGUUGGGUUAAUGCCGUUCAAUUCAGAAUUCUCAUUUGCCAGCGAUCAGAAUGCACAACGAGAGAUGUUGUUGUCCCUCUGCUUGGAGCAGCGAUGGUCCAGUUUUCUAAUAAAAUGCGCAAUAGAGUGGUCAGAUGGUAGUGCCUCUUACUUGUAUCCUACUUUCCUCAAGUGGGGCAUUCAGAGAGCUUCUACGAUAAAAAUGAUCGCGGAUCGACUCUGUAUUCCUUUGUUCGAUCAAUCAGGCAGCAGCAUUGGUGAAACUGACGUGAAAACUUUGCGGUUUUGUUCGCAGCAAUUGGAAUGUUUGUCCAAUGUAGUGGCUAAAUUGCCAUCCAUGGCGGUUGACUUGAUGAAGCAACGAAGGAUGUUGAAACGCGUGUCCUUAUAUUUUCAAGUACUCCUUUGGUUCUACGACGUGGGUCUGUUGCCCGAAAUGCAAGAUUUAGAAGAGGAGAAGCAAGCAGUAACGGCGGCAGAGACAGCGGAGCAAGAAGAAGGAGAAGAGGAGAAGAGUACGCUACCUAUCUCCUUAGCGCUAAGAGUGCCUUAUCCUUAUGCGAAGCUUUCGGUGCUUUAUAAAGAGAAACGAGCACAAUUGUUAAAAAACAAUGGCAGUAAUGGCGAAAACGAGGAAGAUUUAUUUAUUGAUGAGCUGAUAACGCGUGAGUGUUCCAUGUUGAAAGAACAAUGGGAAAGAGAGGGUGGCAUCGCCAUGCAUGGCUGCUAUCCACCGCCAUCGCUGCAAUCUCUACUACGAUCUUAUUUAACCGAUUGUCAUCAGACAGAAGUAAAUGAGAUCAAUUGCAGACAUCAGAUUACAAUUUACCUCCUGAUGGACCUAGCUAUGCUGCUGCAGCGGUCGUAUCCCGCGGUGAAACAGCUGAUCAAAUAUCCGUCCGCAUUCAUGAUGAGCCCCAGUCUCAUCAAGCUCACUCAGGCAUUCUGGCUACUCGAUCACGAAAAUUAUCAAGAAUUUCUUGAUACAAUGACCGGUCAAUUAGUUUGCGAUUCUGAUAUCAAGGAUUGGCAUCAUAGAUUCAUAUUGCGUACUUUGGUGCGUAAUAAUCAACACAAACUGGCGCUCUUGUAUCUUCGCGUGAGGAAACCACCCUUGUCUUCCAUAGAGGAACAAGGUAUGGCCAUGAGCCUUUCAGUGGAACAUGGCCUGGUACAAUCCGCUUUCCAUCGUCGACCACCCUGUCACUACGAACAAUUACUAACCAGCUUCUUUCGAGCGUGUAGAACAUACAAUAAGCUCGAUGAAGUUCUGCAUUUAGUUUUAGAUUCCGAGGAGGAGGAAGUAUUUGUCAAAUUUCUCGAAGAGAAUAAGAUGGAAGAUUUACGACUGUUGUACUAUCUACAACGAUGUCGUUACACGGAAGUAAUUGGCGGCUAUCCGAUCCGGCAGUACCAACCGAACGUGGUCAAAGAUGUGCAGUCCACGUCGUUCAUUAUGCUCAGCGCGUACGAAAUGACCUUGCCCGAUAUCACGAAACGAUUCUCUAUGAACGCGACCACAUCGAAUUCGGACGCAGAUCUAAAGACACGCUAUUCCAGACCGAUGUCACAUUGUAAAAGCCACGAUAAGUUGCGGAAUAUAUAUGAAACUGUGAUUACAAAGGCCAGAGAGACCUAUCUACGAGGAGAGAAAUCUCAGAUUCCAUUUGUCAGUGCGCCUUGCACGUCAUUGAGACUCAACAGUCACGGCGUAAACAUGAACUGUGUGUUAUUUCCAACGUUAACGCAUAAGAGUCGCGGCAAACGCACAGUUGAUCAGAUCUACGAAGAAGAUGAUGCAGAUGAUGUACCAAAUGACAUUAAACGCCGGAAACUAACAGACAAGAAUAUCUCGCCGAGCAAACGAGUUUCGGAAGAAUCAAGAUUGAUGGAGACUUUCGAGACGCCUCUGGUAAAGCGUAAACCUAAUGUCUCCAUGAACAAGGAUCGUGUUCUAGAGACACCGCAAUCAAUUUUGAAAAUUAGACAACUUGUAAGAAGCUCGACGUCUCCUACUGUAAUGUCCCAAGCAAAGGAAACUACCGAUAGAUUGUCUGAAAAAGAAAGAAAAGUUAGUAGACAAAUACGAUUUAACAUUAAUCAAUCCAAGAAAACUUUGAUGUAUGAGAAAGAGGACGAAAAAGAGGAGAGAAGACAGAAGGAAAAAGAACAAGACGAUAUUGAGACUGAUGUUCCCCUUAGUUCGAACGAAGCGAAUAAUGAUACGUUCUUCAGUCCAAACGCGAGUAACAAGCCAGAAUAUUAUGAAAGCGCGAUUUUGAGUGACAAUAGCAGUACGUCUGGUAAGAUUCAUUGCUACGCUCGUCCGCGACCCAGUCUCAGAAGAAGUGCCUUACAAUCGUCCGUAGAAGUGCCACAGGAAUUUUGCACGGGUAAAGCAAGUGGCUCGUCCGUAAACUUGUCCGCAGCGAUCUCGAGGACUUCCGAAAAGAUAAAUGAACAAUCGUUUAUCUCAAGUACACCGAGAAAUCGCAGCUCGUUAUUACCGACCUCCAUUUACUCGACCACUGUAUUAUCCUCUGACAGCAGCGUCGCCGAUAUUAGCUAUCUUACAAAGAGAUCAGGACUUACUAAUCCGCAAUGGACACCGUUCAACGAAAGAGAUGGUGACGACAAAUUUACCGUUACGUCUACUCCACUAACGAGGAUUACAGUUUCUCAGACAUCUAUUGACGACGAACGAGCCACGGAAAUAGAUGACGUGAAUAACUUGUACGAGAUAAAGGAAGAUGUUAACGUGCUAAACGAAUCUAAAAAAUCUGUGCAUCAUGUUGAACAAUUUGGUUGUGAUGGAAGUGAAACAAUUGAUUUCGCAAAACAAGAAGAUAGUUUAGAUAAGGUCGUAGAAAGCAAUAAUCGACAGAACAAAUACAAUAAUGGAAGGAUCGCGAGGGAGGCUAAUCCGAGUUUACAAAAUUACGAGUUGCCUAUACUCUUCGAAUCUGAAAAGGUCGCGGAAUCGAGUCCGAUCGUUUCGGAUGAAUCUGACGAGGAACUAUUUACAUUGCGAAACGACGAGGAUAGUGACGAGCACGAGGAGACGUUCGAGAGUUUGGAAGAUGCGCAGAUGCACUUGGAUAGUCAUCAAGUUCCUGCUUCUUGUUUGUCCCGUCAGAUUCGGAAUCCAGGAUAUAAAACGGAAGAAUGCAGUAUGACGAAAUCUAACGGUUUGCAAGAAUCGGUGCAAAUAAUGGGUGACGUUGAUUUGACUGAUGACGAAUCUGCGAAUAGCAGAGCUGUUACACCGGUAGUACCUGAUGAAAUGGAUAAUAAAAAAGAAACACAUUUGAUGUCAAUUAUUCCUUCAGAACAUAUAUUAUACGACAUGUCGAAUAUUACAGACGAUGAGUCUGAUUCCAAUGCUAGAGAAACUGAAGAGUCAAAAGCGAAAAACGGUAGAUAUUCUAAUUUACAAAGCUCCUAUGUCACGCAGAAUGUCGAAAUGGAGAAGAACAGUGAAUCCAAUGAGAAGAACCGCAAAUCAGAGCGUAGGAGCAAAAGCGUUCCAAAGGAAGGUCUCGAUGAGGCUUCAUUGUCCCGACAGCGAUCCAACAUCGAUAUCCAUGACAAAUCCGAUAAAACUUUUUCGAGCUAUGUAAAAUUGUAUAAAGUAGACGAUAGUACAAUCGAAGUAUCCGAGGAGAUGGCUAAAGAGAAGGUUGAAGACAUGACUGAGGAGAAACUGUCAGGUGAUCAAAGUUUCUCGAAAAGUAAGAAGAAUCAAACUGAGAUCACGGAUAUUUCAUCUGUACGUAUGACUAGAUCACGUAGAGCAGGUUCGGUGGUAAAAGAUAUCUCGGCACGGCAAGUAGAGCCGGAGAAAGUCACCCGUUUACGAAGAUCAAGUUCAACGAUGAAGGACUCUUUAAAUUUUUCAACAGAUCAUUCGUCGCAAAAAACAGAUUUCGAAAUAUCGUCGCGUUCGAGGAGAGCAAAUUCAGCAGCGAAGGAAAUAAGGAUGGAUUCUCCCUCGGGAAAAUUACGUGGUCGAAGAGCGAAUUCUCUUGCGAAGGACAUAUUAAUGAGCUUGGAUGAGAAUUGUGAAUCAGGAAACUCCGACGCGCAACCAUCAACGAGGAGAGGCCGCAGAUGUACGUCUGUAACGAAGGAAAUGCCGCAGCCCAAUACAAAGGAUAGCGACUCCGAAAGCGUCAAGGAUGAACUACCAGUAAGGAGAAGCACAAGACUUGCUUCUUCCGCGAGAAAAGAAUUACAGGCAGACACCCCUUCUCUGCGAGAGAGGAGUUUCACAAAGUCAGGAAGUGCGACAUCGCUUGUAAAACUGGCGAGUGACGACGAAGAAGGCGAGAACGCGAACAAGAAGUCUUUGCGACGCACGAGGAAAUCUUCGGUAUCGUCCGAUACCGAUGGUGCAACGAUAAACAGAUCAUUGAGAUCAUCCAUGAGGGAUAAGGAGUGUUCGAAAGAACCAGACAUUAAAACGACCCGAAAACGUGGCAGUUCAGUACCUAAAGAGAUGAAGACGCCUAUAGGAUCACUGCGACGUAGGUCCAGUAGUAUUAUUAAAGAAAUCAUUCCGGAGGUUGCUGAGCCCCCGGAAGAGUCAAAGAAAUCCAGGAAUUCCGCCGCGAGAGAUACAGAAGAGAUUGUCGGUAGACUAACGACAAAUGCGCGCGUUCGAAGCGCGUCGGUACUCUCUGUGCCAGAGGAAUUGGAAGAAAUUUUAAGUCCGUCAAUAAGAGAGACGAGAUCUACUAGAAAGAAGGCUGUGCAAAGUAAUGCCAGAGAGAAGAGAGCGUCCAGCGCAGAUGUGACACACACAGAUAUGAAAAGAAGGGUCAGAAAUGUUGACACAAGUAUCAUAGUGGUAUCACCGAUAGCGGAAGAGCUAGUGGAAGGAGAUGAAAAAACAGAUAUUGAAAUCGCGCAAGAUACUCCAGCGCCUAAAAGAAAAACGGCAUCAGUCACGAUGAUCAAAGAGACGAAAACGAAUACCGUGAAGUCGAGACGAGGUAGACCGCGCAAGAUCAGUGUAAGUCAAGAGUUCAGCAAUCUGUUUUCGUUCUCGUUGCCGGAGAAAACGGAUGAUGUGCCAUUGGAGAAAGACAUUGGAGAGGUCCCGAAUUAUGUGUUCUCACCGCCUCAAACCAGAUCUAAUAAAAACAUUUCUUCAAAACAACAUCGUAUAAAAAUGAGAUCGUUCAUACCGAGUCCUUAUCAAGAAGGAAAACAACGACCCGCUAUCCGGCAAUCUCACAACAUCAAAUCUGGCGUUCGUUUAGUUAAAAAUUCUUUCGGAUCGCGAUUUCGAACAAGAUUUGUUGUAUCUAAAAGAUCCAAAAAUACAACAGAUUAAAACUGGAA